GUGCUCAGCAGUAUUCGGCGGCGGACGAUGCUAAUACAUCGUUACCGGACCACGGAUACUCGAUGUUGCGGCUACCUUGAGGAUGGAAGAAAAGAAUCACUCUCAGAUUUCUUGUCAUGAUGAUCGACCUCCUGGUUUCGUAGACGCUGUUCUUAAACCAUGCACUAGUUUGCCAGAGGGUGUUCAUCUUCAAGUAAAGGGAUAUGAUUUUAACGCUGGUCUAAAUUACGAUGCUUUGUUCUCAUCUUUUGAGUGUAUUGGAUUUCAGGCAACUCAUUUUGCAAAGGCUGAACAUGUUCUGAAUGAAAUGGUAGAUAUUUUGAAGUCUUUAUAGUUAGUUUCAUUGUAUAUUAAGUACAAUACUUUGUGAUAUUUGAAAUUCAUAAAAAUACUUGUGUAGUGGUGUCUAUUGUCUUUUGAUAAAUAAUAAAAUUCCUACUGAAACCAAUAUUCAUAUUUAAUUAUCACAUAUCUCUUCAUGCUUUUAAUUGUGCUUGUAUAUUGUUUGUUGGUGUUUAACACUUUUUCUAAAUUAUAUAUACCUUCCUUUUCAUUCACUUAAUCUUCUGGUUUGUCAACUAGUCUAAACUCUUUUCAAAUGUUUUCCUAAAUAUGCCUAUUUAUUAUGAUAAAGUUACUUUCCAAUCAUUUCAACAGAUUAAUAAACGGAAUUUAAAACCUACUUCACGCGAAGAAAUUGAACUAGCUCAAGUGUUACAAGACUUUCAUCCUUUAAAUAGACCUUUAUCAGAAUGUACCAUAUUUUUGGCUUAUACAUCAAAUAUGGUGAGCUCUGGAGUUCGAGAAGUUAUACGUUUUCUGGCCGAACAUAACAUGGUUGAUGUGAUAGUCACUUCUGCUGGUGGUGUCGAAGAAGACUUUAUCAAAUGUCUGGCUCCUUCAUAUAUAGGAGAUUUUGAAAGAUGGCGUGGUCAUGAAUUAAGAGAAAUCGGUGUAAAUCGUAUUGGCAAUCUACUUGUACCAAAUAAUAAUUAUGUUAAAUUUGAACAGUGGCUCCUACCUAUUCUAGAUGAAGUUCUAGAAGAGCAAAAUUCUCAGAAUAUAAACUGGACACCGUCUAAGUUGAUCAAUCGUCUAGGUAAAGAAAUCAACCAUAAAGACUCCAUAUAUUAUUGGUGCUAUAAAAAUAAAAUUCCGGUAUUUUGUCCCGGUUUAACCGAUGGUUCGCUGGGUGAUGUCCUGUUUAGUCACACUUAUCGAUCCCCUGGUUUAAAAAUAGAUCUAGUUGAAGAUAUUCGAAAUAUCAAUUUACUGGCAAUUAAUGCUCGUACUACAGGAAUGAUAGUGCUAGGUGGUGGUCUCAUAAAACAUCACACAUUCAAUGCAAAUUUGAUGCGAAAUGGGGCUGAUUAUUGUGUACUUAUCAACACAGGACAAGAAUUUGAUGGUAGUGACUCCGGUGCUAGACCAGAUGAAGCUGUAAGUUGGGGAAAAAUUAAAGGUUUAGCUGAACCAGUUAAGAUUAAUGCCGAUGCAUCUUUGAUAUUUCCAAUUUUAGUUGCACGGACAUUUGUUAAACAAGUUAAGACAUAAUCUUUUGAAAUAAACAAAUUUUGUUAUGAAA